AUUCCCCCUAACCUCACAUUAGGAAAAAUCAGUGAAAAUUGUCAAUAAAGUAGCUCUUUUAUUGUGAAAAAACUCAAAAAUCUUCCACAAAAAUGUGGAGAAAAUUCUUCGCAGGUAGCACAGUGGUUGCUGCGAGUGUUACCCUGUGGAAGAGUAAUGUGGUCAGGGCCGAAACAAGGAGGAUGAAGCAAGAAAAUUCCGUGAAGCUCACAUCCCGCGAGAGGAGAUUCAUUAAUUUUGCAUCUGUUGAAAUUGAUGGACAGCUGUAUAUGACACCUCAGGAUUUCCUGGAUUCCGUCGUUGAGCAGGAACCCCGUCCGAGGUUGAAGAGGAAAUCUCUGGGAUUGACUGAGACGGGAUUUGUGAAGGAUGUUACACCAUCCCUCAAUAAGGGAUCCUCUCAGCUCUUCCGGAAUCUCAUGGAUAAAGGCAUAAUUUCUUACACGGAAUACCUUUUUCUUCUCUCCAUUUUAACGAAACCUCAUUCUGCUUUUCGAAUUGCCUUCAACAUGUUCGAUACAGAUGGCAAUCAACGUGUUGAUAAACAUGAAUUUCUUGUGAUACGCGAACUUUUUGGGGGUUCUCUCAAAAAUAGAGAACUCGAUGCUGAAACAAAGAAAAAUAUGGAACGGAUUUUUAGCUAUGCUUGGAAAGAAAAGCGAGGCAUUGGGGCUGACAAGGAGCAAACAGAAGCCGCAAUAGCGCAAGAUGAAGGCCUUCUUAGGCGCAAUAAGAUCGAUACAACGCUUCAAGUUCACUUUUUCGGUCCGAAAGGCAAUAAAGAUCUCCACUAUGAGGGUUUCUACAAAUUCAUGGAUGAUCUACAGACCGAAGUGCUCGAAUUGGAGUUCAAUGAGUUCUCCAAGGGCAAGCCCGUGAUUUCUGAAAUGGAUUUUGCAAAGAUCCUCCUUCGCUACACCUAUUUGGACUUUGAUGAUCAUGACAAAUUCCUCGAUCGUGUUCUCGAUCGCGUUGAAGAGAAGGGCAUUACGUUCAAGGAGUUCAGGGAUUUUUGUCAGUUUCUCAAUAAUCUCGAGGACUUUAGUAUUGCCAUGCGAAUGUACACGUUGGCCGAUCGAGCAAUUUCAAAGGAUGAAUUUUCGAGAGCUGUAAAAAUUUGUACUGGAUUCACGCUCACACCGCACAUUGUAAAGACAGUUUUUGCUAUUUUUGACGAUGAUGGCGAUGGCUUGCUUUCCUACAAGGAGUUCAUUGCCAUCAUGAAGGAUCGCCUACAUCGAGGAUGCAAGACAGUGCAACAAUCCGAAGGAUGGGAAGCCUUCAAGCAGUGUCUGAAGAAUGAACUGAGACAGCAACGCCUCUAAAAUACCUCAAAUUCAAAUUUUAAUGCAUUUCUUCGCUUAAAACUUUCUCCUAAAAAAUCUAGUCUCUUUCAGAUC